UCACAAGUCGUUUAGCGAGCCAGUCAUACAGGAGCACAGUAAGAGCUUUCUGCGAUGUGAGGAGCGGUGAGACAUUCUCGCUUUUAUAAAGCUGUGUGGAUGACCAGUACAGAAGAUGGAAAAGAAACCUGCAGACGUGGAAACAGUUUCAGGUGCAUCAGGAAUCCUCAGUGUUUCUCAGAGUUUUGGCAGUUUCGGCUGUGACUACAAGGAUGUAACCCCUGCACGUGAUGCCAAGUCCAUGAGUUGGAAUAGACCUAAUCUCAGCAACCCUAAGAUUCCUGGUUUUCUGAGGAGAGUUUUCAAGGGGUCUGAUAGAAAGUCCAGACAUCAAGAGGUUGGUGAAUGGAGCCUGGAAGAGUGUCGACACUCCAUCAUGGAGCUGGCAAAGGAGCUGAACAGAGUUGUGAAGAACUCUGCCAUUCCUACCCAUGUGUCCAGUGAGGAUACAUGCAGCCUGGAAGAGUGUCGCUGCUUCAUCAUGAAAUGGGCUGGCGAUUUGGACAAGCUGGUCCAGACACCAAAGCAAAGCCAGAGUGCUGGGCAGGUUGAGACAAGAAAAGGUGCAGAGCUGAGAAACAAAGAGGAUCUUCCAGGACCAGAGGGGGAGGAGCUGAGUGAGGGGGCGUGGCAGAACCAGGGGGAGGAGCUGAACCAAGAGGAGGAGCAAAGACUGAAGGACGGUCAUGACAUCAUCAUGGAGUGGGCAAGAGAGCUGAAGACAGUGCCAGAGAACUCUGUCUCAGCGGGGGAGGCUGUGAAACAGGUACUUGCAGAGCUGGUGAAGGAGUGGAAACGAGGCAAGCUGAGGAACAUCUUACCCAUCAUGGAGUUUAUCAUGUGGGCCCUGAUCAAGGAGAAGGCAGACAAGGGAAUUGUCACUCGGAUGUGGUUCUUUAGGAUGCUAAAAUCUCAGAAUAUUGGUGCUGGGAGAUGCCUCCCUGAUUCAGUCUGGCAGUGGAUUCACAAGGCAUCAGUUGAUGUGACUCUGCACCCUGAUACAGCAAACCCCUAUCUCAUCCUGUCUGCGGAGGGGAAACGAGUGAGACUGGGAGAGACACGGCAGGAUCUCCCUGACAAUACAGAGAGAUAUGAUCGCUGGCCCUGUGUGCUGGGCAGGGAGAGCUUCAGCUCGGGGAGACGCUACUGGCAGGUGCAGGUGGGGGGGAAUGCACCGUGGAGAUUAGGAGUCAGCAGAGAGUCUGCCAGGAGGAAGGAGUUCAGCAUCACCCCCCAGCAGGGUUACUGGACUGUGAGGUGGGAUGGAUACAGGUUCAGUGCUCUCACUGACCCCGAAACCCCCUUCCCCCAGAGUCUGAAGCCCCAGAAGCUGGGGGUGUUCAAGGCAUCCAUGGAGGGAGACAGCAACCAGCCCACCAUCCACACCAAGGAGAACAGACAGUAA